CCAUGAGGUCCCAAUAUGGAGAAACUCGAUCACUUCCCCUUGCAGAUCGAGUCACAGAAUAGAGAUCGAGUAUCGCAUGGACAGGUACUUAAAAGGGUAUCGAUUGCCAGUACUUUUCUCUCUUUACACAGAAUCAGUCGAAACAGUCUGAUUUCAGGUCAGCUCUCUGAAAUGCUGAAGAUGCAGAAGUCACAAAUCGUAAUUUUAUUUUUGGUUUUCUUUCUCGGUUUUAGUUCUGCUGGCAGAAGAAGAUGGGGGCGGCGUAGAACCCCCCCACCGCCCCCAAGAGUUGAUGGAGGCUGGAGUGGAUGGGGGCCAUUCAGUGGUUGCAACAAAGCAUGCGGAGGAGGAGUGAUGCACCAGUAUAGACACUGCAACAACCCACCGCCGGCGAACGGAGGAAGCUACUGCCCAGGCACCAACGUCAACUCAGUGCCAUGUAACAUAGGCGGCUGUAUAUUGAAUGGAGGAUGGAGCGGAUGGGGGCCAUUUGGUGCUUGCAGUAAAACAUGCGGAAGCGGAGUGAUGCAUCAGUACAGGCAAUGCAACAAUCCAUCGCCGGCGAACGGAGGAAGCUACUGCCCAGGCACCAAUGUCAACUCAGUGCCAUGUAACACACACAGCUGUCCGAUAGAUGGAGGAUGGAGUGGAUGGGGAUCCCCACAACCAUGCAGUAAAACUUGCGGAGGAGGUGUCAUCUUGCGUCACCGCUCUUGUACUAAUCCAAGCCCGGCAAAUGGUGGUAGGACUUGUCCCGGCUCGUCGACUAUGCCAAGUUUCUGUAACGUACAUGGCUGUCCAGAAAAACCAAAUUCCCAAAUUAUUAUGGCACCCGAUGGCACGAAAUAUCAGCUUGUUGGCUGCUUCGACAAUUCUGUUGACCGGCUAAAAGAGAUGCUUAUCACAGAGAGAGAUCACACCAGUCAUGUCUGGAACGGCGAAUGGGUUGAUUGGGAUAACUGGAAUAGCUAUAUGGAAAAUUCCCUUAACCGGUGUGCUGUAAAAGCCCAUUCCAAGAAGUUCCGCGUUUUUGGAAUGUCUUAUUACGCUGAAUGUUGGGUGGACAGGACAGUUUCAAACGCUAUGGCAACAUUCACACCAGACCUAAAGGAUCUAUCAAAAUGUGUGAAAGAAGGGUACAAAGAUUGUUCAAUGGGGGACACACGAUGCAUCGGAAAGCAUUAUGGGAUUGCAGUGUACCAGAUCAUUGAAAAAUGAAAUGAUAAGGUACCCAUGAUGGAGCAACCUCUUAGAAUUGGCUUUCACACUCGCAGCAAAGUUGUUUUACUUUGAAGUAGAUGUGUAGUUGACAUGUAAAAAAACUUCUUGAAUGAAACAACAUGAAGCAUGUAUA